UUUAAUGUUAUAGGAUAUUAUGCUUGGAAGAAAAUGAAAUUUUAAGAGUAUAUCCAUCAAAUAUGGAUGAGAAAAAUGUGCACCCUGGUUAAGUGCGGGUGUCCAAAAUCACACUUCUUUUCUUAGUUUUUGACUUGAUUGUGAAAUAGCCGCCUUUAUUAUUUGAAGAAAACAGUUAAUGUACCAUCAGUAUUCAGUACCACACAAUUCAUUACGUCAGGGUUAUCCAAGAAAGAAAAAGUACCAUGACGUAUGAGGUGUCGGUGAGAGCCAACAUGCAAAAGAUUUGACUUGUUCAAUUUCUGACCAUGCCUACGCAUAGGAUAUAUACACAUCUAACAUUAUGCAUGAGUUAAUUCCACUUCAGCUAUAUGAUUUCCUUCUUCUAACAUAAGCUCGCUAGCUCAUAAUGGAGGUUAUUGGAGGGUCGUCAUCUAUUCUUCAUCGUCUGGUUAAUCUUUAUGUUUGUACGGUGUUGUUGAUUAUUGCCUACGGUUUCUUUGAUCUUGCUCUUUCUCAGCGGCUACCAGAUGUUGAAGUUGAGGCUCUAACAGAAAUAGCAAAGACAUUAGGAAAGCAAGGCUGGGACUUUGCAAAAUUGGAUCCAUGUAGUCGUACGACUCCUACCGAGGGUAUUAACUGUACUUGCACUUUCUCUGGCAACUCCGUCUGCCAUGUUACUGGAAUAGUGCUUAAUAGACAGAGCUUACCCGGCAUGUUACCUCCAGAGCUUGUCAAGCUUCCUUACCUCCAAGUAAUUAACCUUGAUCGCAAUUACCUCAAUGGUUCAAUCCCGAAAGCAUGGGGUUCAAUGAAAUUGGUGAACAUCUCUCUCGUUGGAAAUCGACUAUCUGGCCCAGUCCCGGAAGAGAUAGGAAAUAUCACUACUUUAAAAGAACUAGAAUUGGACUUCAAUCAGCUCUCUGAGCAUCUUCCUGAAAAGCUCGGAGACAUCUUAGGCAUUAAGCGGAUACUGCUUUCCUCGAAUAAUUUUACUGGGGAAGUGCCGCAAACGUUCUCUAAGCUAACCAGCUUGGAAGACUUCCGAAUAAAUGACAAUCAGUUUACUGGGAAGAUACCCAGUUUUAUAAAGAAUUGGACCAACCUUACAAAACUAGAGAUUCUAGCAAGCGGUUUAGAAGGGCCAAUUCCGCCUGACAUCUCUGCCUUGAAGAGUUUAUCAAACUUGAAGAUUAGUGACUUAAACGGUAAAGAUGGUCCUUUGCCACCACUUGAUAACUUGAAAAGCCUGAAGACACUUAUUUUAAGGAGUUGCAAUCUUAAUGGAACAUUACCCACCUAUUUUAGCAGUAUGAAUACCCUUAAAUCCUUAGAUCUCAGUUUUAACAGAUUUUUGGGGAAAAUUCCGGACACCUUUAUCAAUCCUUCAAAAGUUAAAUUCAUGUACUUAACCGGAAACUUGCUGACUGGGCCUUUACCGAGUUGGAUGCUUGGAAAAGUGAAAAAUAUUGAUCUUUCAUACAACAAUCUCACAUUGGAGGACUCGUGGGGCUGUCAACUGAACAAUACUAUAAAUUUAUUUGGAAGCUCUUCAAUGAAGAACAACUUGACUGGAAUACCAAAAUGCUUGAAGAGCGUUUGUGAUCAAGAUCAUUAUUCGUUCAAUAUCAACUGUGGUGGAGAAGUUUUUCCUAUGAGUGGAAGUAAUAUUGGCCAAUUCGAUAGUGAUCAGAAUGCAGAUGGCGCUUCAAACUUUAACCAGCAAGGCACUAAUAAUUGGGCAGUUAGUAGUACUGGUGAUUUCAUGGACAAUGAUGAUGAUAGUGACAGUCAUAUAGCAAUUGCAAAAACAUCUCUCUCAAUGGCCGAUUCAAAAUUAUACAUGACAGCGCGGAAAUCUCCUAUAUCUCUAACUUAUUAUGGGUUUUGUUUGAUUAAUGGGAAUUAUACUGUAAAACUCCACUUCGCUGAGAUUGAAAUCUCAAAUGGUACAUCACAAGACAGUCUUGGGAGGCGUGUAUUUGAUGUCUACAUUCAGGGAAAGCUGAAGCUGAAGGAUUUCGAUAUUGUGAAAGCAGCAGGUGGAGCUCAUAAGGCAGUCAUUAUAACAUUCAAUGAGUCUGUUACGAGUAAUACCUUGGAAAUUCGGUUUCACUGGGCUGGAAAAGGCACACAAAGGAUCCCUAAUGCCGGAAUCUAUGGUCCUCUUGUUUCAGCUAUUUCUGUACUAAAUCCUGAUUUCGUACCUCGUGGAAAAAAAAUAUCUGUAGGUGUUGUGGCAGGAAUUGUCGUCUCUGUAUUAUGUCUCGUCUUUAUUCUGGGUGCUCUCUGGUGGAAGGGUUAUUUGGGAAGAAAAAAUGCGAGCAAUCAAGAACUAAGAGGUUUGGACCUAAACACUAGCUCCUUCACAUUGAGGCAAAUAAAAGCUGCAACAAAAAACUUUGCUGCUGAAAACAAGAUUGGUGAAGGUGGUUUUGGACCUGUUUAUAAGGGCUAUCUGUUAGAUGGCACUAUAAUUGCUGUUAAACAACUAUCUUCGAAAUCUAAGCAAGGAAAUCGUGAAUUUGUAAACGAGAUAGGAAUGAUUUCUGGACUACAACACCCUAAUCUUGCAAAGCUUUAUGGAUGUUGUAUUGAAGGAAAUCAGUUACUUCUUAUUUAUGAAUACUUGGAAAAUAAUUGCCUUGCCCGUGCACUGUUUGGUGAAGAAGGGGUCCAACUGAAGCUUGAUUGGCUAACAAGGCACAAGAUUUGUGUAGGUAUAGCCAGGGGCCUAACUUUUCUGCACGAAGAGUCAAGGCUGAAGAUUGUUCACAGAGACAUCAAGUGUACAAAUGUGCUUCUUGAUAAGGAUCUUAACCCGAAGAUUUCUGACUUUGGUUUGGCAAAACUUGAUGAGGAAGAUGACACCCAUAUCAGCACUCGGAUUGCAGGUACUCGUGGUUACAUGGCGCCAGAGUACGCAUUGCGAGGCUAUUUGACAGAUAAAGCAGACGUUUAUAGUUUUGGAAUUGUCGCGUUAGAAAUUGUAAGCGGGAAGAGCAAUAUAAGCUAUCGGUCAAAAGAAGAGUGUGUUUAUCUUCUUGAUGGGGCUUUAAUUCUUCAAGGGAAUGGAAAUUUGAUGGAGUUGGUUGAUCCGAAAUUGGAGUCCAAAUUUGAUGAGGAAGAAGUUCUACGGAUGAUUAAAAUAGCUCUGAUGUGCACCAACACAUCUCCAACAUUAAGGCCCAAAAUGUCUUCAGUACUCAGUAUGCUUGAAGGUCGAACUCCUCUUGGAGAAGUCUUUCUGAAUCCAAUAGGUGAAUCUAGCAAUGAUUUGAAGUUCAAACCUGUUGGAGAUAAUAGCGAAACACAGAGUAUUUCGAAGGAUGCCCCGUUCUCGGAGUCCUCGACAUCUGCUGCUGAUCUUUAUCCACUCAUUAAUGAAUCUGAGUACUGGAAUAACAGAGAUUAGAGAAGUUUUUCAACCAAUUCCAAAUCAUUAUAUAAACCAUAGAUUUAAGAGUUUAUAGGUAGUGGUGCUGUUAGUAAAACAGCUGUAUGUCAUUCUCGUGUUUCUGUUUUCGUCUCUGUUUCUGUUAGUCGUAGGUGGGUGACAUACUCGUGUGGUCCGUGUCUUAAUAAUGCUACUAUGGCUAUGAUGAUGAAUCCGUGAUAUCGGCACAUGUCGUGGUCCUUAUGUCUGCAACAAGCUGCUGUCUAUCCUUUUCUGUUUUCAUUUCAUUUUCAACUAGAUUUUGCCCGUAUUAUGCACUGAGCAUCUUUUUAUUAUAACUAAAUUUUGAUUUGGUGUGGCGGCCGGGGCUUUACUGCUCUCCGUCACGAAGCGUUUUU